AUGUUUCUUUUUCUCUUGUACUUCGCUUUGCCCUUAGUGGAUGUACUUUUGUCUGCAGAAGUGAGUGGGCUGCCUGGAGGGGACCGCCUGGACUGCGUGAAAGCCAGCGAUCAGUGUCUCAAGGAGCAGAGCUGUAGUACUAAAUUCAGGACACUGAGGCAGUGUGUAGCCGGCAAAGAGAGCAACUUCAGCCGGGCGACAGGCCUGGAGGCGAAGGAUGAAUGCAGAAGCGCCAUGGAAGCUCUCAAGCAGAAAUCUCUGUACAACUGCCGCUGUAAGAGGGGCAUGAAGAAGGAGAAGAACUGCCUGCGCAUUUACUGGAGCAUGUACCAGAGCUUACAGGGAAAUGACUUGCUUGAAGAUUCCCCUUAUGAGCCAGUUAACAGCAGACUAUCAGACAUAUUCAGGCUAGCACCAAUUGUAUCAGUGGAGCCAGUACUUUCAAAGGGGAACAAUUGCUUGGAUGCAGCCAAAGCUUGUAACCUAAAUGAUACCUGCAAGAGGUUCAGAUCUGCUUACAUAACCCCCUGCACCAGCAGCACGUCUAAUGAAAUCUGUAACAAGCGGAAGUGUCAUAAGGCCCUCCGGCUAUUUUUUGACAAAGUUCCCCCAAAGCACAGCUACGGGAUGCUCUUCUGCUCCUGUCGAGACGUAGCCUGUACAGAGAGGAGACGGCAGACUAUUGUUCCUGUGUGUUCAUAUGAGGACAGGGAGAAACCAAACUGCCUGAAUUUACAAGAAUCCUGCAAGAAGAAUUACAUCUGCAG